AUGACGAUGCUCUAUCCUAAGCUCAUCCUCGCAAGCUGUGCUGCUUCAGCAGCAGCGUAUGCGUUUACGGGUGCUUCUCACUCGCUACAUGAGAAAAGGUCCGAGAUACCAGAUGGGUGGACGAGAGCUGAUGCUCUGGACCGACGAGCAGUGCUGCCCAUGCGCAUUGGCUUGAAGCAAAGAAACUUGGACAUGGUGUCGGAAUGGCUCUCAGAGGUAUCGCACCCACAAUCCAAGAAGUACGGCCAGCAUUGGUCUGCAAAAGAGGUUGCAGAAGCAUUUGCUCCGGGUGAGGAGACAGUCAAAUCCGUCAAGUCUUGGCUCACUUCUGCGGGAGUAGCGGCAAACCGAAUCAAGCAUUCGCAAAGCUUGGCUUGGCUUGAGUUCAAUGCCACAGCCGACGAGGCCGAACAGCUGCUGAAUACGAAGUACUACGUAUAUGAGCACGAGAGCGGACAACCGCAUGUGGCUUGCACCGAAUACAGCAUCCCAUCCUCUCUUAAAGAGCACAUCGAUAUAAUCUACCCCACCGUACACUUCGAUGUCAAGCCUAGACCUCAAUCUCGUCAUGACACACAAAGGCGUGACAUCACGAAGCGUGAGAAAAUCCCGGGCUUGUACAAGGGCCUCGGUGCACCUGGAUCCGGAUCUCUUCCCAAAGGGGGCCACCGCAUCGGUAGCCACCACAAAAACAUGUCCGACCUCUCGACUUGCGACGAGUUCAUCACCCCAGACUGCCUGCGUGCACUGUAUCAAUUCCCUGUCAACCGCAAGGCAGCUCCUGGAAACAGCUAUGGUAUCGUCGAGUACACGCCACAAGCCUACGUGCCGUCUGACCUAGAUUUGUUCUUCGCAAACUUUAGCCCCAAGGCUGUGGGCGUGCGACCUAUAUUCGACAGCAUCGAUGGCGGUGUGGUCCAGCAGACAAACAUGAGCUUCAAUUUCAACGGCGAGAGUGAUCUGGAUCUAGAGUACGCGAUCGCACUCGUAUACCCACAGAAGGUGACCCUUUACCAAGUUGGCGACCUUGUGGAGGGCGCUUCGUUCAACAAUUUCCUCGAUGCUAUCGACGGAUCCUACUGUACAUACGAGGGCGGAGACGAUCCUACUCAGGACGGCAUAUAUCCCGAUGUCCUGCCAAUGGGCUAUAAGGGACCCGAGAACUGCGGCGGUUUCGCGGCGACUAAGGUGAUUUCGACCUCCUACGGUUACAACGAGCACGACCUUACGCCAUUCUAUGAGAUGCGGCAAUGCAACGAGUACGCGAAGCUUGGCAUGAUGGGGAUAAGCGUCUUGUACAGCUCUGGAGACUAUGGGGUCGCUGGAAACGGUGGUCAGUGCAUUGACGGUCCGGGCAUCAACGCAACGUACAACAACGGCACCAGUGGACGCUUCAAUCCUUCUUUCCCUGGAGGAUGCCCGUACGUCACGAGCGUCGGUGCCACGCAGGUCAAGCCGAAUGCCUCUAUCACAGCAGACCUAGCAACGGGCGUUCAGCCCGAGGAGGCGUGCGAGACCGUCAUCUAUUCUGGUGGAGGUUUCUCCAACGUCUUCCCCCUUCCAGACUACCAGGCUGGUGCGGUUCAUGAGUGGUUUGCUGAUUAUCCGCCUCCAUACGGUGCGGACAGGUUCAAUAACAGCCAGCAAACGCGUGCUUUCCCGGAUAUCAGCGCGAAUGGUGCUAAUUACGUGAUCGCAAUCGAUGGCACUUUCUCUCUUGUCUACGGCACUUCGGCCAGCUCACCGACUCUCGGCUCCAUUCUGACUCUCAUCAAUCAAGAGCGUCUGGAAGCUGGGAAGAGCAGCAUUGGUUUCAUCAAUCCCGUUGCCUACGCCAACCCAGACAUAUUCAAUGAUAUCACUGAGGGCACCAACCAGGGUUGUGGUACCGAGGGCUUCUCAGCUGCGCCAGGCUGGGAUCCGGUGCCCAUAUUCGAACGCAGUAUCAACUCUAUAAGCGAGACUCUCUGGCCCAUCAACACUGAGAUUCACGAGAACCCGGAGCUACAAUAUGAAGAGUUCAAGGCACAUGACCUGCUGACAUCGUUUCUUGAGUCUCAGGACAGCUGGAACGUGACGCGGUCUGUAUAUAAUAUCAGCACUGCUUUCACCGCUGUAUUCCAAGGGAAUGGCGACGGCCCAGUUGUUUCAUUCAAUGCCGAGUAUGAUGCAUUGACCGGGCUGGGACAUGCUUGCGGACACAAUCUGAUCGCCAUGGCAUCACUUGCUGGAGCACUCGCUACUGCUGAGAUCAUGCGCACGGAGAAGCUAGCCGGUUCAGUUGUUCUCUUCGGCACACCUGCAGAGGAAGGCGGCGGCGGCAAGAUCAGGCUCCACGAUGCUGGUGCCUUUCGAGACCACAAGAUUGACAUCAGUCUCAUCUCGCACCCAGGCGUCGGCGGCGACUCUCCAUACAUGUCUACCACGUCAACAGAUAGAUUCGAGGUUGAGUACUACGGUAAGGCGGCCCACGCGGCAGCCGCCCCCUGGGAAGGGGUAAAUGCCCAAGAUGCAUUGAUCCUGGCCUACAACGCCAUGUCUAUGUUGCGCCAGCAGACGCGCUCUACAGAUAUUAUCCAGGGUUUCAUCAGCUCCGCCGGCUCGCGGACCAACGUCAUUCCCGACCUGUCACAGGCCUCGUUCGCAGUCCGUGCCGUAGACGACGCCGCUCUGCACAAUCUCACCGAGCGCGUGUACGCGUGCUUCGAAGCAGGCGCACUGGCCACUGGCGCGGAACUCAACCUGACUAUGAGGCCGUACGGGUACUCGAACAUGGUCACGAACGAUGCCCUCGCGGAAUCUUACACCGCGUGGUUCACCGGUCUGGGACAUGGCGAUGACCUGAUUCCCACGGAGAUCGCGAAGAAUGCCCAGGGCAGUGCAAGUACCGACCAGGGUAACCUCAGCCAUGACUUUCCGUCCAUCAGCGCCGCGUUUGAGAUCACCAAUGAGGAUGGCAGUGUCCCGGAGACCGGGCCCCAUACUGCAGCAUUUGAGGUAGCCGCAGGUAGCCGAGCGGCUUUUGACAAGUCUCUGCUGGUUGCCAAGAGUCUUGCGGGGGUUGCUUUGGAUGUCUUGACUGUCAAUGGUCUACUUGACAAGGUCAAGGAGGAGUUUAGUUCUUUGAAGAAGGUACCUCGCGCGCGAAGGAGCAUACAUACAUGA